CAGUCGCAAUGACUGAACAGGAAGUGCGAUACGCGGCCAAAGGGGAUGCACUGGUUUCCAGUUUUUUAUGCUGCGCAUCAAGGAACAAGAUCUUUGUUUUGGCCAUUUCCAAAGCGCAAAGAUUCCCAAUUCUUUAUACCAUGCCAAAAGCUACAGGAAGUGGAAUGAGAUCAUCUCGAUUCGCACUUCGUACCAUGUACUGGCACUGUUUUCGUUGUACCAACCUGCUUGCCAUGUGAGAGAUAAUCCCGAUACCCAGAAAACUCGUAAGUUAAGCCCCUCUGGAUUCAUUGUUUCCAUUGUUUAGUAAUCGAAUCGGUCCUGCUAGCUGGUCCGUCGUCAUUGAUUUCAUCUAAAUCGUUUUCUAGUUCACCGAAAUGAAUCACAGUGCCUUGAAUCUCGUCAGGAAACCGGUGCGGGGUGGCUGACAAACUGGUUGACAAUAGGCCAACGGACAAAGUUGCUUGUGUAGAGCAACGCGAGAGGAAAAGAGAAAAGAAUAGAAAAGGCAUGCUUGGGGACACGCGCCUUUGAGUGAUUGCGGCACCUCCUCGUUGCAACCAAGACCGUAGCAAUUUGAUCCCUUGGCAUCUCGAGAGUUGGAGUUGCAAUUUGCUACGAACCGGCGACGCGGAAUGGAAGCGAAAGCAAACUUGCAAGUGGCAGGAGGGCUGGAAAAAAAUGGUUGGAAAAAGCGUUUACACGCACUCUCGCAAAAACAAUAAGUAGCAGGGUUUUGCUUUGACGCUGAUCCAGGGGGGAUGAACAGGAGAAGGCAACUAGUAGUAUUCAUUCCAUGACUAUAUGCAUCCACACAGUGGUCAUCUUCUCCAGCAUUCGACUGCUCACACAGCAGCACUGCUACGACGCCUACAACGCACUCCGGCUCAGAAAAGAGCCAUUUUUCUGCUCGGAUCUCAAGGGAAGUUUGCUCAAUCUGUCGGCGCUGCUGCUACCAUUGCUGCUGCUGCUGCUGGCCCGCGACGAGAGCAGGAACAAGGGAAGGGGCGAGUUUCUUACUCUUUCCUCCGGGAGCGUUUCAGAGCCUCCGCUUGUCCGGGGAAGGAAGCGUUUUGGGGCCAGCGGCAGCGAAGCUGUUCUCUCUGGUGCCGCUGGAUUCGAUGGAGAAGUUGAUGGUCGGGACUCCCAAGGCGGGCAAGAGCUGCUGGAAUUGGCCCAAGCUCAGGUGGAAGCUCAGGCUGUCCCGAUAGCAUCCCACACAUCCGGGAUCUUCUCCAUGGUGUGAGCAAAAUCGCGUUUUUCUGGUGGAAAAAUCACGCCUUGAGCAUCGACAACACUCACCUCAGCUCCUGGAUCAUGGAUAUGGAUUGCAAUUGUAUGGACUCGCUCUGGCCGUGGCUGCCGGAGGACAUCUACACAAAGUCGCAGUAUGUGUCGGACUUCUUCAUCGCCUUGGCCUACUUCUCCAUUCCCUGCGAGCUCAUCUACUUCGUCAAGAAAUCGGCAGUCUUUCCAUACAAGUGGGUGCUCGUCCAGUUCGGGGCCUUCAUCGUUCUCUGCGGCUCCACUCACGCUAUCAACAUGCUCACUAUGACCUCUCACUCGCGAACCGUGGCUUUUAUCAUGAUCAUGUCCAAGAUCCUCACGGCCAUCGUUUCGUGUGCCACGGCAGUGACACUCGUGACCAUCAUCCCGGAUCUCCUCAGCGUCAAGACCAGGGAGCUCUUUCUCAAGAACAAGGCCGACGAGCUCGACCGAGAGAUGGGACUGAUCCGGACGCAGGCCGAGGCAGUCCAGCACGUCCGGAUGCUCACUCACGAGAUCCGUUUCACGCUCGUCCGAGACACCAUCUUAAACACCACUCUGGUGGAGCUCGGGAAAGCUCUAGCCUUGGAAGAAUGCGCUCUUUGGAUGCCAUCAAGGGAUGGCCUAGAACUUCAUCUCUGCCGGACGCUCGGCAGUACAAAUCCCGGACGAGUUACGGUUCCUGUGCAUCACCCCUCGAUCCAGCCGGUCUUUUGCACGCACCGAGCGAGGAACAUCCCAGCGACGAGUCCGGUGGCUGCUAUCAGACCGAGAGCUGGGAAGUAUCUCCCGGGAGAGGUAGUGGCCGUCAGAGUACCGCUUCUACACGUCGAAAACUUUAACAUCAGCUACUGGCCGGAAGGUGGCGACGUUCCCUACGCGCUUUUGGUGCUCAUGCUUCCCUCGGACAGUGCUCGGACUUGGCACUUACACGAGCUCGAGCUCGUCGAAGCUGUGGCUGGCCAGGUGGCCGUGGCUCUCUCUCACGCGGCUAUACUCGAGGAAUCGAUCAGGCAGAGGGACACUCUCAUCGCUCAGAAUGUGAAGCUGGACGCGUCCAAGCGGGAGGCCGAGAUGGCUUUGCGAUCGAGGAACGACUUUUUGGCAGUCAUGGAUCGGGAGAUGCGGACUCCCAUGUCGACGAUCAUUGCUGCGUCGUCGCAUCUGCAAGAUACGAGCUUGAGCCAGGAGCAGCGAGCGAUGGUGGACACCAUUCUCAACAGCAGCAACUUACUGGCAACGCUCAUCAAUGAUGUCCUGGACGUUUCAAGGCUCGAGGACGGCAGCUUGGAGCUGGAGAAACGUACCUUCAACUUGCCUGCGACUUUUCGAGAGGUGCUAAACUUGGUGAAGCCUGUGGCUUCGCUGCGAAAGCUGGCAAUCUCGCUCUGCCUGGGAUCAGAGCUUCCGGAGUUUGUUUGCGGGGACGACAAGAGGUUCGUGCAAAUCGCUUUAAACAUUGUUGGCAAUGCUGUCAAGUUCACAAAGGAGGGGAGCGUCUCCAUCACAGUACGUUUGGAAAAACCUGAGUCAUUUCAGGCUUCCGAUUACGUUGUCCCGAGUGAAAAACACUGCUACAUAAGAGUACAGGUCCAAGACACAGGCAUUGGAGUCAAUCCACAAGACAUUCCCAAACUCUUUAACAAGUUUAUCCAAGCGCCGGCAGUGUCAUCGAGAAAGCAAGUUGGCACAGGACUCGGCCUUGCCAUCUCCAAACGCCUCGUGAGCUUGAUGGACGGGAACAUAUGGUUCGAAAGCGAGGGACUAAAUCGCGGCUGUACAGUUUCCUACGUUGUCAGGCUUGCGAUCCCAGACGCAGUGGAUCAGGUCUCGUACGCUCUCCAGCAAGUACCACCCUCCUCGUCUCCAAGAACAAGCGUCACCGGUCUCAGAGUCCUGGUGAUGGAUGCCAACGGAGCAAACAGGAUGGUGACGAGGGGUCUUUUGCUACGACUGGGGUGCGAUGCUUUUGCGGUGGGAUCUCCUCGGGAGUGCCUCCAGCUGCUGGCGCAACCAGGUAGAAGCUUUAGAUUAGUUCUGGUAGAUGUAUAUAUGGCGGAGUCGGACGGAUUCGAGGUGGCUGUGAAGAUCCAGGACAUGUUUAAGCGGCACGAGAGGCCGCUGGUGGUAGCGCUCACCGCGGCUCACGACCGGCAAACGAGCGAGCGGUGCUCCAGCAUCGGCAUGGACGGUGUCAUCUUCAAGCCAAUCUCGCUGGAGAAGAUGAGAAGUGCGCUCGCACAGCUCGUCGAUAAGGGCUCCUUCUUUGAUGAUUGUUAUCCGAGAAAGCUGUCCUCGUGAUUUGGCAAGAAACGAAGAAAAGAAGAGAGAUUUUUGUUCCGACUGAAUCGCAAGAGCAAAACGUUUUCCCCUUCAGAAGUUUUUAAAUUUCGAAUAUUCGUUUGAAUA